CUGCAAAUAAAUGUACUGUAUCUCAUGUGCAGAUUGAGAAGUUCGGGCUUUCUUGUUCUGAUAGAGAAAUGAGCAACAUGGAGCUGGUUAAAAAAAUAGCGGGUGCUUGGAAGGAGUUACCAGCGUCACAGAAGCAGGUUUAUGAGGAAGCUAGAAAGACAGACUGGCAAAGAUACGAAGAGCAGUUGGCUGCAUAUAAAGCACAGCUAAGUCCAGCCCAGGCUGUGGCUUUGAAAGAAGAGAGGAGAAGACGACUGGCAAAAAGAAGAUCAUUCAGGGCAAAAAGAGAAUUGACUGUGCUUGGAAAACCUAAAAGACCUCGUAGCGGCUUUAACAUUUUUGUGUCAGAAAACUUUCAAGAAAGCGAGGGAAUUUCACCUGUGGCAAAGCUGAAGCAGUUAUUUGAUACAUGGCGAAAACUGUCCAAUUCUCAAAAGCAGCCAUACCUGCAGCUUGCUGAAGAUGAUAAGGUCCGGUACGAGAAUGAAAUGAAGUCGUGGGAAGCAAAAAUGGCUGAACUCGGACGUGAAGACCUGAUACGUUCCAGAACGCAAAUGCUGAAAAAGAAAACUGCCAAAACUGCAAAGAAAGUUGAAACACCCAAAGCUUCCUCACGUGAAAAGAAGGCAAAAUCAAAGCUGAAAAAAUCAGAAGAAUAAAGCGGUGAAGUAUUUUAUAUUUUAAUGCCCUUUGGUUGUCAUGUCUUUAUCCUGCUGUGUUAAUGCUGCAGUCAGCAUUAGCACCGAAAUUUGGGAAGCCUGUAAAGGGCCCCGCUGGAGAAGUAGAAAAGGUGAUCGGGUGAGAGAGGAUUCGGUGUCUCGGAACUGACCGAAAUAAUCAUUGCAGGUGUAGCCUGAACUGAACAACAACAACAACGGGUUAAUCAAGCUGUGAAUAGUCAUACUGACAUCAGCAGAGCUCUCCAAUAAUGGUAGAUAACAGCUUUUAUAAGAUAUUUUUUUAUGAAAGCAAGAAUAUUCUACAGUGUCGCCAUCUAAAUUCUGUAAGUAAGAGCUGAGAUCGGAGUUAAUACUGCUGUGUUUUAUUCCCUCCAUGGUAUCAGUGGUGAAGAGAAAUGUGCAACGUUUCAGCAGAAGGCACAAGAAAUGUACAAUACUAACUUUUAUUUUAUGCAUCUGUCUUUUUGUAUGUAUCAAUCUGUGUACACCACUUACAUUGCGUUUAAUUAAAGACCGAGUUUUCUAUAAACGUAUCUUUAUUGGCUUUUUAUUCCAUGGCUUUGUUUGGAUACGUGUACUUUUUUGCCUUCCCCUCGUCACGUUUCGGACAGCCUGGAAGGAAGAGAAAAAUGUGCAAACUGUUAGAACUUUGGGGUUUGAUGUAAUAAAUAGGUCUGUGUGUCUUAAUUAAAGUCAAAAACAUGCAAACCGUUAGAACUUUGGCGUUUGCUGUAAUAAAUACGGGUAUUUUGAGGAGCAGCUUGGGUUUUUUUCCCCUAGGGCCCGCGUGUCUUAAUAAAAGUCGAAAAGA